CGUCAAUUGAUCGCCCAUCAUGUCUGCCGCUCCCCUCUUCUGGUCGACCCCCCUCAAGUACUGCCGCUGGGCAGCCCGCGAGCGUCCCGCCCUCUUCUGGUCCGUCAUUAUCGGCGCCGCCGGUCCCAUCUCCAUGCCCAUCGUGCCUCCGAUCCGAUACUACUUUGGCGACAUUGAUGUGCCUCCGGUUCCCGUCACCUACCCCAUUCCCUCUGGUCCUCGGAAACAGCUUACCGGCUACGACGACGAGUAAUCCUACCGAAUCGACGAAAGAGAAGGAGGAAACAUGACGCUCGAAGGGAGGAGAGAGACACAACAUUGUACAAACUACGGCGUUUGAGACAGCGCGGAGGAACCAUAGAGGAUAUGGAGAGGACCAACCCUAGGUCCCAUCCAACAAUUGACGCUCCAAUUCGAUUUUC